GACGAUGGUCAUCAGCGCUCAUAGGCUGUCCCAUUGCGAGGAGCUGUGCGACCGGGCCAUCGUCCUGGAAGACUGCAAGAUCGAGACUAUGGGAGACUACGACCAGAUGAACCACAAGUUCGGUCGUUGCUACAUGAUCAAGAUGAGGCUGCCCGCCGACCGUCGGGCCGACAGGGGCCUCCAGCGGCAGCUCAUCGAGCUCAUGCAGGAAGAGUUUCACCAGUGCGCGCCUUGCUACAGCUACAAGGGCAUGAUCGCCUUCAGGGUGGGCAAGACCUACACCAACUGGAGCGAGGUAUACUCCAAGGUAGCGGCUCACAAGAGCAACCUGGGUCUGCCCGAGGUCUUUGUGGGCGACAUUUCGUUCGAGGACAUCUUAGUCGGCCUGGCGAGGUGCCAGAUCCUUACCAUGAUGAUACGUCCCAACACCAUAAGCACCGCGCCUUCUUAAUCUGGAUCGCCUCGCAGUAUGCGCAGCAUAUUUACAAACAAAUA